GGUGCGUUGGUGCAUCUCAUAGAGGUUGGUGGACACCAAUUCAGUGAGAGUGACUGGGAUAUGUUGUUGAAGAGCAUAAGAGAUGCAUCGUACACAACACAACCACUUGAGCUACUCAAUGUGUCGGUCCUAGAGAAUCCAAUGAACCCCUCAAUUUUAACAGGAGAUUUAAAGGCUCGUACAGGUGGUGAGGUCCAGCAGUUUGAUUCUACUGAUAAUGGGAACAUUUCACCGUUUCCAUCCUCAAGUUCAGGCAUUAAUAGCAGCAAAAGAGAUACUAAUGCAUCUCUUUCACAAGAUCACAAUCAAGAAUCUGGGUUACAAUCUAACCCAAAUGGAUCUGAAGGUAUUCCCUCACCAUCAGAUAAAGCUCAGAAAUCUGCUGAAGCUGCUAGUCUCCAACGAAUUCAAACGAUAGGUCAAAGAAUCAUGGGGAAUAUGAUGGAUAACCUAUUUCUUAGAAGUCGUUCUGCAAAAUCAAAGAGUGGUACAUCAGAUAUUCCAUUUCCUUCUUCACCACUAAAGGAGAUGUUCUAUUUAUGGGUUCACUUUUACCUUAUAGAAGACACUAUAGAAGUUCUUGAUUAUCAGUCUCCACACUCCACCGCCAAGGAUGAGGAGGAAAGCCCCCUUAUGGAAACUUUUAGGGGCAAGCGCAUCACUCAGUUAAUGAUUCUAGGUUCUAUUGAUGGCAUUCAGAAAAAGUACUAG